UGGAGGGAGGAGGAACCGGAAAAUGCGUCACUUCCGGCUGGAGCUCCUGACGUGUCCAAAACAGUUAAUGCACCGGCGUGUGGUGGUAUCGUGGGAUAUUUAUUAUUCGUUCUAUUAUUUUAUCUGAAACGUGGUGUCAAGAUGCUGGAUUUCUUCACCAUCUUCAGCAAAGGGGGGAUAGUGUUGUGGUGUUUUCAGGGUGCCGGGGUCAAAGAGUCUUUCACGGGGCCGGUCAAUGCGUUGAUCCGCUCGGUGAUCCUUCAGGAGCGAAGUGGAAGCAAUUCCUUCACUCAUGAGAGACAGAGUCUGAAGUAUAAGCUGGACAAUGAGUUUGAGUUGAUUUUUGUGGUGGGUUUUCAAAACAUCCUAACGCUGACGUAUGUGGACAAGUUUAUAGAUGACGUUCAGCUUCGUUUUAGGGAUCGUUACAAGAAUGAGCUGGAGCAGAAGGGAGCUCUGAAGCUGCUCAACAACAGCUUUGAGUUUGGAGAUGACUUCCAGAGGAUUUUAAGGGAGGCGGAGGAUAACAGCAAGACUCGGAGCCCCACCUACAUGCGGGGCUUUCAGGAGUCUGAGAAAUCCAAAAAAACUGUGAAGUCGAUGAUUGAGACGAAAGGUGGAGACAAAGGCAAGGAGCAGGGUGGCAAGAAAAAUAAAAGUUCCAAAAAAGAGCCUCCUGCACCUGAGCCGGCCAAAGUGGAGAAAACUUCCCCCUCUGCUAAGACGGUUCAGAACGGGAACCAGGGUUUGACGCAGGAGGAGAUCAUACAGAAGAAGAGGGAGGAAUUCAUCCGGAAACACACGGCAGCACCUGCUGAGAAACACAGUAAGUCCCCAAAGCCUCAGAAGCCUAGGGAGAAAACCAAACGCGUUUGGGGCAACGCUGGUACGAACACUAAGGACCUGGACUACAGCGCCAAGAACGGGAGUUCUCCUGGGAAUGAGGACAAAGACCUGGACGCACAAAAUGACCUGGGAAUCCAGCUAAGUCCCAUGAAGGGCGACCUGCUUUCUGUGGACUAUGAGUCCAGUGAGGAAGAGGAGGUGGAGGAGGUGGUGGUCAACGAAACAAGCAAACCGAGCUCCAAAAAGGGCGGCGGCUUUGGAGGAAUGUUCGGGAUGCUGAAGGGCUUGGUGGGCUCCAAGAGUUUGUCUCAGGAAGACAUGGAGCCAGUGCUGGAGAAGAUGAAGGAGCAUCUCAUCGCAAAGAAUGUAGCGGCCGAUAUUGCCUCCCAGCUGUGCGACUCUGUUGCCAAGAAACUGGAGGGCAAAGUCAUGGGCACAUUCACCACUGUGGCCUCAACAGUAAAGCAGGCCCUGCAGGACUCGCUGGUGCAGAUCCUGCAGCCCAAGCGGCGGGUCGAUAUAUUGAGAGACGUGAUGGAGGCGCAGAGCCAGCGCAGGCCUUUCGUCAUCACGUUUUGUGGCGUCAACGGAGUGGGGAAGUCUACCAACCUGGCAAAGAUUUCUUACUGGCUGAUCGAGAACGGUUUCACCGUGCUGAUCGCGGCCUGUGACACGUUUCGAGCGGGAGCAGUGGAGCAGCUGCGCACUCAUCAGCGCCGCCUGAACGCCCUUCACCCGCCGGAGAAGCACGGAGGGCAGCCUGUCGUUCAGCUGUACGAGAAGGGCUACGGGAAGGACGCCGCUGGCAUCGCCAUGGAGGCCAUAGCUUAUGCUCGCAACCAGGCGUUUGACGUGGUUCUGGUGGACACUGCGGGGAGGAUGCAGGACAACGCCCCCCUGAUGACGGCUCUCGCCAAACUGAUUGCAGUCAACAUGCCUGAUCUGGUGCUGUUCGUGGGGGAGGCUCUAGUGGGCAAUGAAGCAGUCGACCAGCUGGUGAAGUUCAACCAGGCUUUAGCCGACCACUCCAUGUCUGACAAGCCUCGUCUGAUCGACGGAAUCGUCCUGACCAAGUUUGACACCAUCGAUGACAAGGUCGGCGCCGCCAUCUCCAUGACUUACAUCACAGGCCAGCCCAUCGUGUUUGUGGGCACCGGGCAGACCUACAACGACCUGCGCAGCCUCAACGCCCGCGCUGUGGUCAGCGCUCUCAUGAAGGCUUAAGACUUCACUCACCGCCGUCCAGGAUUUUUGCCGCGUUCGUUUCCCAUCUCCUGUUUUUUUUUCUGGUUAAAAUCUUAACAUUGAAUCAGCCAGUACAGGACACGCUGACGGACAGUUUUACAAGCCUCUUCUUUUCGUGGAUUCAUCAUUUGGGCCAAAUUAAAAAAACAAAAACAGUACCUCAUGAGUUUGGGUGAAAUCGCAUCCAUUUGUCUCUAAGCGGUUUACACAGUAAAGACUUUUCCAUUUUGGUCUGAGUUUGUUCGUCUUCAUGCAGAUGAGGUCAGGUAAUAACCUGUGCCUGAGGACGCUUGGCGACCAUAGUGCCUCUGUCCUCUGGUCUUCAUCAGCUCAGCGCCUUCAUUACUAUAUAGGAAAGUGGCAGCUCUGGUCAGAAACCUUUCUGGAGCAUUUGGUUGGACGAUGCAGUUAUGCAAAAUUACUGGAUUUUAUUUUUAGAUUAGAAAACAGGCCAGUCUUCAUCUGCAGGUGUCACAUGAUUUCAAUAUUUCAUAAAAACUGGAAAGAGUAUUUUUGCCCAAUUAUCUUUAGAUUUAGGAUUUUUCCUUUUCGUUUAUUCUAAGUCUCAGAAAUAUAUAUAUUCAUUUCCCCUUUAAAUUGUUUUAGUGCAAUAUGAAAGACAAGAGUUGUAUUGGAAAUUUGAAAUAAUUUAUGAGAAUGUAACUAUUUCCUAAUAAAGCUGCUAAAUGCUGA